AUGUCACAGGAAGAACACGCGGAGUCCAACACUUUGCUAAAUAACCAGCCUUUGGUCGCUGACCCCUUAGUAAUUCAGACUACCGAUGACGCAACGGAAGUAGCCACACCUUUGGCUGUGCCGAUAACUGGCGACCAGGUGGACCGAGCCAGGACCAACUCCUUGGACUCGUUCAAGAUCGACGAUGAGGGCGGCGUGCCGUAUUGGGGCGGCAGUGCAGCAGGAGCAGCAGCAGCAGCACUGGAUAGGUCCCGAUUGCAACUUGUCAGCCACAAAUUGGCCACUUUUUAUAAUUCCGUUAUCGCUCCCAACGUUGGCAUCUCGUUGCUUCUACUAUCGCAGUUUCUCAAUAGUAUAAUGGUGACGACGUGCAAGCUAUUGGUCACGGACAAGGACUUCAACACGCCGAUCCACCCCUUGCAAAUCUUGUUUGUGCGGAUGUUCAUCACCUACGUUUGCUGCUUGAUCUACAUGUUUGUCACGAAAUCAAUCGAGCAAGCACCGUUUGGGCCUGUCAAAUUGAGGAAAUUGUUGGUGAUGAGGGGCCUUGUCGGGUUCUUUGGCGUCUUUGGCAUGUAUUUUUCAUUGCAAUAUUUGAGUUUAUCCGACGCCGUUGCAAUAACGUUCCUUGUGCCCAUGGUGACGGCCUUUUUGGCCUUUGUGAUUUUGAAAGAGAAAUACUCGAUAUUGGAAGGCGUGUGCACUGUAUUGUCGUUGGGCGGGGUCCUACUCAUUGCUAAACCUUCGUUCCUUUUCGGCGACGAACCAGAGAAGGAAACCAGCGACGAGGCAGUAGAAAGCGCUUCCUCGGAAAAGAGAAUAUUGGCUACUGUUGUGGGCAUCAUUGGCGUCUUUGGAGCAUCGUGCGUUUACAUUAUAUUGAGGAAAAUCGGCAUGCAUGCGCAUCCUUUGCUCUCCGUGAGCUAUUUCGCAUUGACGUGUUGCAUAGUCACCUUUGUCUCCAUCUUGGUGAUUCCGUCAUUGUCAUUUGUAUUGCCGUCCAAUGGCUACCAAUGGUUUCUCUUUUCAGUCAUUGGCUUUUCAGGUUUCUUUAUGCAAUUCUGUUUGACAGCUGGAAUCCAGAGAGUCAAAGCGUCAAGAGCAUCCCUUAUGGCUUACUCGGGGAUGAUCUUUGCCAUAGUGUGGGACUUGGUAAUAUGGAACCACUUACCAGGCAUGUUAUCAUUCUUGGGGAUCGCUUUGAUCAUCGGAAAUGCGAUAGUUGUGUUAAAGUACAAGCCCGAGCAGAAGGACGCCAGCGCGCAAGCCACCGCCGAUGAGGAAACCAAUGGUCAAUAUGACAAGAUUGAUUCAAUUGCAAUGCAGGAGUUUGUAAUCUCGGACGACGAGGACGACUCUGGCACGGACAGUAGUUCAAGCAAGGACAGAAGGACCCAUGUUCAUAAUUUAUAG